GACAAUUAUUGAGUGUUUCUUGAGGGGGAAUUGAGAGAGUUAGAGAGCGAGAGAAGAUGAGCGCAGGAGGAAAAGCUCCGGCAGUGGUAAGGCUAUUCGACGCGCACUGCCAUCUCCAAGACCGAAGGAUAGCCGCCGUCACGCCGCAGAUCAUACGCACGGCCAUCGAAUCCGGCGUUCUCCGUUUCUCCGUGAAUGGCGUUUCCGAGAAAGAUUGGCACAUUGUUAAGCAGAUGGGCGAGCAAUAUCCUUCAGUGAUUCCGUGCUUUGGUCUUCAUCCAUGGUUUGUUGCUGAGAGGUCGCCUGAAUGGAUGGCAUUAUUGCGGGAGUUCUUUGCAAUGACACCUUCCGCUGCUGUUGGUGAGAUUGGCCUGGAUAAGGGUUCACAUGGGAGGAAUAUUGAAUUCUCUCAACAGGUUGAAGUCUUCCGGCAACAACUUGAACUUGCUAAGGAAUUAGAAAGACCAGUAUCCAUUCAUUGCGUGAGAGCAUUCGGGGAACUUCUUGAGAUAAUGCAAAGUAGCGGACCUUUCCCAGCUGGUGUUAUUCUGCAUUCUUUCAUGGGUUCUGCUGAGAUGGUGCCAGCUUUCACUAAACUUGGUUCUUAUUUCUCCUUCUCUGGGUUUUUAACAUCAAUGAAAUCUGAGAAAGCUAAGAAAAUGCUCAAAUCGGUGCCUAUUGAAAGGAUUCUAUUUGAAUCAGAUGCACCAGAUGCAUUGCCCAAGUCAAACAUAGAUUAUUCACCACUUCUGGUGGAAAACUCUGUAGCACACGGUCAUCAAAGCCAUCGUCCAAAGGAGGAACUGAAUCAUCCAGCUAAUAUUCAAAUUGUGUUGAAUCAUGUUGCCCAAUUGCUUGACGUUUCCAAGGAAGAACUUGCAGCAGCAAGCUAUCAGAAUGCCCUUCACCUGUUCUCUUACCCAGGUUCCAAGCUCCUCGGAGAAAUUUAAAACCUCCUACCUGUAACUGCCUGCAACGCUGCUUAAUUAAUCUGUAAUUUAUGGGCAAAAAAAAAGAAAAAAGUUUUUUUUAAAUAAUCAAGGGUUUCUCCUCUCUUUACCAUCAGAUUUUAUGAUAGGAUCCGUAUAGCACAUGUAUUUUGAUGUCCGUUUAAUGGCCAUAAACUGUUCUGUAUUUAAUAAUCUGCAAACAUAUUUAAUAAUAUAUGAUUU